AUGUUCUUCUUAUUGAUUUAUCUAUUUAUACCGGUGAUAAUAACACACGGUGAUCAGCUAUCAAUAAAUUCUAUUCAGUCAGUAAUUAAUCCAGAUAUUGAAAUAAAAAAUUGUACAUUUGGUGAAAUAUGUAUUGGUGCUAUUAAUUCAAGUUCUCUACAUUUUUAUUCUGUUGAAUAUUCAUUUGAUCCUACGAUGGCUAUUCGUGUAAUAACGAAUAUGACAUAUAAAAUCGAACAAGAAGCUCCACUUGUAAUUGUUGUUCGACAAAUUCGUGGUGUUAUUUCAUGGACAUUACCAUAUACAUUUACUAAUGGUAUGAUUUAUUCAAGUGCUUCACGUAUACUUUGUUUACAAAAUGAAAUUAAUCGUACACAUCCACAUAUAAGUCGAGUAUUUAUUGAAAUAUCAACAUCAAAUAUUGAUUGGAUAGAUUAUUCAUUACAACUUGAAAAUAUAACUGAAUUUUUACUUGAAACCGGUGUUAGUCGACAAUUUUUUGUUUCACCAGCUAUGCCAAUUUAUUAUAAAUUUACUUUUCCACCAAAUAUUGAAAAUGUUUUUAUUGAUGUUCGUUCUACAGAUCAAUUAUGUACAGUUGUAUCUGUACAAUCAUUUGAUUGUCCUGUUUAUGAUGUUAGUGAAAUUGGUAUUAGACAAGGACAUUAUCAAACAAUGGCAUCAAUUGCUUCAUUUAAUGUUUAUGCUAGUGAAUUUCCAAAACGAAAUACAUUUCUAUUAGUUUUUCUUGUACAAUCAACAGAUGCUGAUUGUUUAAAUGAUCAAGAACAAACCAUAAUUCAACCAGCAGGUGUUGUUGAUGUUCAACGACAAAAAAAUGCUACAGUAACAUUACAUCCACCAGCUAAUUAUAAUUUUCUUUAUAUUGCAAUAUUUACAACAAUUGGAUUAUUUCUUUUAAUUUAUUUUGUUGCUUUUACAAUUAUGUGUAAACAUUCAGAUAUUUAUGAUCAUUUAGGACCUGAUCAAUUACCAUUAUUGGAAGCUAUAGCUGAACAAGAUAUUGCAGAACGACAGAAUAAUGAACGUAGUUAUCAAACGUUCGGAGGAGAGGAAAAUAUGAUAUCUACAAGUGAAAAUCAAGUUGAACAAUCUGGUCGUGCUAUUGAAGUUAUUGAAACAUCAAAUGUUGGUUUUGUUACUGUAAGUGAUUUAUGUGCUAAAGAUUAUGAUUAUUCGAAACAAAAAUUUCGUAUAUAUCCUCAAACAAUGUUAACAAUAGCAAUAUUUUAUUCUUUACCUGUUAUACAACUUGUUUUACAAUAUCAACUUAAUAUUGAUUCAUCGGGAAAUGAAGAUAUAUGUUAUUUUAAUUUUUUAUGUAUACGACAAUUUGCUAUGUUAACAGCAUUUAAUAGUGUUUUUUCGAAUAUUGGGUAUUGUGCAUUAGGUUUACUUUUCUUAAUAAUUGUUUAUCGAAGAGAUAUGGCUUAUGCACGAUUUCUUACAAGAUAUCCUGCUAUUGGAAAAGAAUAUGGUAUUCCACAACAUUUCGGUCUAUUUUAUGCAAUGGGUAUUGGUUUAUUUAUGGAAGGUCUUAUGAGUGGAUGUUAUCAUAUUUGUCCAUCAAAACAAAAUUUUCAAUUUGAUACAAGUUUUAUGUUUAUUAUAGCUGUUUUAAAUAUAAUUAAAAUAUAUCAAACAAGACAUCCAGAUAUAAAUCCACAUUCAGCCGGUUCAUUUUCGUUUUUAGCUGUUAUUAUUCUUAUUACAGUUAUUGGAGUUUAUUAUGAUGAACAAUGGUUUUGGAUAACAUAUGCUACUAUUCAUAUUUUAGCUUGUUUAGCAUUCACAGGAAAAAUUUAUUAUAUGGGAAGAUUAAAAGUUACUUUUCGUGUACAUGUAAGUUUUAAGAUCAUACUUAAUGCUUUUUAUUUUUGGUAUAAUCUACCAUGCGAAAGUCUUCGUUUUGGGAUAAGAAUAGAUAUCUAUCAUUAG